ACGCGAAGCUGCGAGUGUCGCGCUAAAUAAAAAAACACAGCUUAAAAAAUAGUUUCGAUUGCGAAUAUUACAAAAAUAAAUAAACAAGCCAAAAAAAAAAAAGUGGCAAACGAAAAUUGUUUGGAAUACGAGCGAGUGCCAAGGACAGUUCUACAUUGAUUGGAUUAUUGUUUGAAAUCUGCCGCUUCGUUAGCGGUUCCUCGGCAUGGAAAAGCACUGGAGAUCGGUCUUGAUCAUCAGCAUCUGGAUUUUAGUGGCGAAUGCAGCCGUGAAUGAGUCCACUUUGCGACGGCAUCGCUACGAAUACGGAUUUCUCAAUGGCAGCCUGGAGUUGUCCACAGAUGUUAUCUCCACGGAUAUUCGAGAAAAAGAAGGAGCUGCCAUCCAAUCCCCGCACGAAACCCAUCUCACCAGGAGCUCCGUCAUCUUCGGGCUUACCAAAGUGGCCAACGAGAGCAAUGUGAGUCCCAGCUGCCACGCCCACUUGAAGCAAGUGCAGCGGGGAAUCCUCAGCAGGCAACCAUGGGCCAUGAAGGUUUUAGAUGCGUCGGGAACCAAGCCAUCCGGCUUCGUGUUCGGCCAGAACUACUGGCUGGGCAGUCGGGAUGGAUGUGAAGGUGUCAGAAGGCCCGUGGGCAUCACUUUGUCGCGCAACUACGAGCGAGUGAUGCACUACAGCAUCCUCACGCAAAGUGCUCCCUUUGGGAUGGACUACCGGGUGAUAUACAUGCGCCACCGCUCACCGUGGCAGGUGGAGAUUAAGGUGAUGUCCGAACAGGUGCUCCACAUUGGGUUGUGCCUGCCCAGCUCCUGCAGCUCCGAGGAGGUGAAGCAGCUGGCCAGGUAUUAUGUGGCCGGAGAUUCGUUCGCCGAGGAUGAUAUGUUCGAUAUAAAGCCGGAGGUGCUCUACAUGAAGGAUCUCCAGCUGAGCGAACGCUUCUACCAGAGGCUGACCUUCCGUUUGGUGGUGGCCGCCAUCCUGGUAACCGGUGCCCUAAUGCUCUGCGCCCAACAAGUGCGGGUGGCCAAGAGGGCCGAUGGGCCGGAUCCGGGCCUGGCUCCGGUGGAAUCGGAGCUGUGGCAGGCACUGGAUACCCUUUUGAAGUGGCAGCCCUUUCAGAGUUUCGUGUCCUGUUUCGAUGUGGCCAAUAACUGGAGAAAGAUCUCCGCCAUGAGGGAGAACCAGCCAGGCGAGAUUCCCAUUAUGAAUGGUCUGCGAUCGGUGUGUGCCAUCUGGAUCCUAAUCUUCCAUGUGGUGUGGUACAUGUACUUCACUGUGCACAACAAAACGGUGCUGAUAUCCUAUGCGGAGCAGGUCUUCUUCCAGUACGUCUCCACAGCUCCACUUCUCGUGGACGUCUUCUUUACCAUCAGUGGCUUUUUGCAAACGUACAACUUCCUGAGAAAUGAGCAGCAGCUGGACGCAGUGCGUCGCAAUGGUCUGUGGGGGAAUGUGAAGCUCUUUGGCAAGUUGCUGUUCCAUCGCUACCUGAGAUUGGGUCCCCUCUACUUGGUGGUGAUGGGCAGCGUGGACUUGGCCUUCGCCUACAUUGGAGAUGUUUCCGUUUUCCAUAUCAACGAGAGAUUCGACGAGUUGUGCCCACAACACUGGUGGAGGAACCUGCUCUUCAUCCAGAACCUCUUCGAUCACCGCGAAAUGUGCGCCAAUUGGAGUUGGAGCCUCGCCUGCGACAUGCAGUUCUUCCUGCUGGCAAACAUCGUGCUCUUCAUUUACGCCAAGCACGAAAAGCUGGCCAAGGCAAUUACUCUGACUGGACUAAUGGCCACGAUAACGUGGUCCUACGGCAUUGGAAUCGCCAAGAAGUUCGAGUUCUCUUUCGACUCCACCUAUGCGACUGGCACCCAGAUAUACACGAGUCCCUUUGUAAGAGUUUUGCCCUAUAUCGUGGGUGCAAUAGCCGCGUGGUAUUACCAGGAGCAGCGCUUCCAAGUGAGUGAGCUGAGUGAACGCCGGAUAUGCCGGUGGUGGCACUUCAGUCUCAAGGUGUUCGUGGGCUGCAUCUACUCUACGGUGAAGCGGGAUCUGGGUUACCUUAUCACCAUAUCGCUAUUUGUUCUGGGUCGCGCUCUGUUUUCCCUCACCAUUUGUUGGAUGAUCGUGGGCAGUGCUUCGGGUACUGGCGUUUGGUGGUCACGCCUGCUGGAGGCCAAGUUCUUUCAGCAUCUGAACCGCCUGUCCUACGCCAUAUAUCUAUUGAAUCCUCUGGUGAUUGCCCUCGUUUACAGUCUGACCAGUACGAGCUCUGCAGUUGAUCCCUUUCUGCUGAGCGUCAUCUGCUGCGGGUUUACGAUGAUCGUUUAUCUGGCCUCCAUCGCCUUUUCGCUGGCUUUUGAGCUGCCCUACAGCAAUCUGUCCAAUUUGCUGCUCAAGGGAAAACCAAAAACCUCAUAAACUGUGAUUACCUUUCAUUGUUAGCAUUACAUCUAAGUCAUUUAUUAAU